AUGCAGUAUAACAGACUGAAUAAACCGUAUUGCACUACAUUCCUUUACUAAUUGUUACAUCAUAAUCGCACCAGUCAACAAUACGCUUUCGUCAAUGUGGAAAGAGCUGACUUGUGAAUCGCUUGUAGGGGUGUGUUGUAGAUGAGAUACUUUUGUUUUCUUAUAAGUCUUUCACAAUAACCAAAGUACUUAUCUUCCAUCAAUUACAAAGAAAUUCUUGACACUAUCCUUCACUCUCUCCAUUUUAUUUUGCCGGUGGACAUCGAGGCCCCUUCCUUUUGAAGAAAUAGUCAGCGUUCUUCCGGUGGUGCCGGAGGGCGAGUUUGUCCAGUUGUUUCCAAAUUAUGGAUUCAGAAGAGGAGACACUUUACGACGAUGUUGACUCUGGGAACGAAUCAAGCGGUGAUGAUGUUGAUUUUGCAAUGGAAGUUGAGACCAAUAACCCAAGAGAAAGACAAACUGAAGUAGACGAAUAUCCAUUUGAAGUUUUAUCAACGGAAGAAAUUGUCCAGCACAUGGUAGAUUCUAUCAAAGAAGCAAAUACUGUUGUGGAGAUUCCAGCCACCACAACACGAAUUUUGUUGAGCCAUUUUAAAUGGGACAAAGAAAAGUUAAUGGAAAGGUUUUAUGAUGGGGAUCAAGAUCAGCUGUUCUCCGAAGCACGAGUUAUAAACCCCUUCAGGAAACCAACUGUAAUUAAUAGACCAAAAGUAAAGCAUCUUUUAUUACAGCCACCAAGAAGAACAUCAGCUACUGGUACUGAAGAAUGUGAAAUCUGUUUCAUGGUUCUCCCAUCAUCUAUGAUGACAGGGCUGGAAUGUGGACACAGGUUCUGCACACAGUGUUGGGGUGAAUAUCUUACCACAAAGAUUAUGGAGGAAGGUGUAGGGCAAACUAUAGCAUGUGCUGCUCAUGGGUGUGACAUCUUAGUUGAUGAUGCAACUGUUAUGCGUCUUGUCAGAGACUCCAAAGUGAAGCUCAAAUACCAGCAUCUUAUUACAAAUAGUUUUGUUGAGUGUAACAGGUUGUUAAGGUGGUGUCCAUCUCCCGACUGCAAUAAUGCAAUUAAAGUUCAGUAUGUAGAAGCACGGCCAGUGAUUUGUAAGUGCAAUCAUACAUUUUGCUUUGCCUGUGGUGAAAACUGGCAUGAUCCAGUCAAAUGUCAUCUACUCAGGAAGUGGAUCAAGAAAUGUGACGAUGACUCCGAGACUUCAAAUUGGAUAGCAGCUAAUACAAAGGAGUGCCCAAAAUGUAAUGUGACUAUUGAAAAAGAUGGUGGUUGCAAUCACAUGGUAUGCAAAAAUCAGAAUUGUAAGGCUGAUUUUUGUUGGGUUUGUCUUGGUCCAUGGGAACCACAUGGCUCAUCUUGGUAUAACUGUAAUCGAUACGAUGAAGAGGAAGCCAAAGCAGCCAGGGAUGCACAGGAAAGAUCACGGGCUGCGCUUCAACGAUAUUUGUUCUACUGUAAUCGGUACAUGAAUCACAUGCAGUCCCUCAAGUUUGAAAACAAGUUGUAUGCUUCUGUUAAAGAAAAGAUGGAAGAAAUGCAGCAACAUAACAUGUCAUGGAUUGAGGUGCAGUUCCUCAAGAAAGCUGUUGACAUUCUAUGUCAGUGCCGGCAGACAUUAAUGUACACCUACGUCUUCGCAUACUACUUACGAAAGAAUAACCAGUCUGUAAUAUUUGAAGAAAACCAAAAAGAUCUGGAGAGUGCUACAGAGACUUUAUCAGAAUAUUUAGAGAGAGAGAUUACCUCAGAAAAUCUGGCAGAUAUUAAGCAAAAAGUGCAGGAUAAAUACAGAUACUGUGACAGUAGGAGGAAAGUUUUGCUGGAACAUGUCCAUGAAGGUUAUGAGAAGGACUGGUGGGAGUACACGGAAUAAAUGUGAUUGAAUGUGCAUGUGUAACACUUUUUAUUAGAUACGAUUAUGAAUUUUAUGCUUGUGAGCACGCGUCCGAAUAAAAAUGAGCAGAAUUGUAGAUUUCUCUCAGGUUCAGAGGGUUGGUUAUGUAAAUCGCUGGUUUUUAGGUCUCUUCCCAAUUAAUUGAAUCAACAGCAGCAUCCAUCCUCGACAAGAAUGUAAACAAGGCACCCGGUGAGUUUAACCACAUGUGGAAUGGGAAUCUCAGACAGUUAAACUGCAUAUACAAAGUUAAUUUGUUGUGAAAUUGUAAAGAGAAGAGAACUCGUGUAAUGAACACAGGCUUAUUUCACAGACUUGUUAAUGUGAUGGAAGUGACAGUCUCGCUGGAUGUCAAAUCUCGUAAUGGAUAUUGUUUCAUCAUCUGGACAAACCAUAUUCUUUAAUUAGAAGGUAUUUAAAUGUAUGCAAAUCCUAUGUUUACAGUGAAUUAAUUGGUUUUGCAUAAUUGGCAACACUAAUCUUAUUUCUUCAAAGGUUUGUUAUAUUUUUUGUGUGGUCAUCAUCAUAACAGGCCUUCUCUCAGUAAGUUUCAUAUGAUUUUUACAGCCAUUUGGUUGUAGACAAACAAAAACACAUGCUGCUAGUGUGGUGUUUGGAGCUUCUAGUCUGUAUCUUACAUGCAGAGACAAAUAUGGCUGCUACAAUUAAUGGGGGUUUGUUGUGUGCAGAUGCAAAUGGAUCCACGUGUACUGUUCAAUGAAGUUGUUGAGAAAGUACUGGUAUUAUAGCCCAGCCUAGAAUGUGAUAAUGCAGUGAUUCCAAAUGUUUGUUCCAAGCUACACCAUGUCCCAUAAUUAUCUUUAUAACUUUUACACUUAAUAACGAAAUAAUUGAUGCAGGGAUGCUAGAGCAAACAUGGCAAGAAAUCAAAUUCCGUCUUGACGUGCUACAUGCAACUAAUGGUGAGCACGUAGAGGUGUAUUAAAGUAAGAAAGAAAACUUUGAUGAUAGUUACUCUUUCAUAUGCAAAAAACCGCAUUGUGAUAUCUCAUCUCAUUAUUUGGUUAAGUGUUAAAGUUGUAAAGAUAAUUAUGGGACACAGUGUAUUUAUUUAAAUCUGCAGGACCAGCAUGUUUUCUGAUUGCCAUGGCAUCAUGAAUGUACAUCUGCACACUUUCUGUGGAAGUACUUGAUAUCAUUUGAAGUAAUAUUUACUUGCAGGAAGAAAUCCCUAUACAUAUACCAAUAAUUUGUAACAAUUUAGAAUUAUUACUUCAAAUACUGUCAGACUUUCAGAAAGAAUAAGCAGAUUUAAAUCGGGCACAAAGCCCCUGAUAUAGUGAAGUUGCUUUUUACUCGUAAAUAAAAGCAUUUCAUAUAAUUUACAUAGACUUUUCUUUUUAGAUGAGAAUUGCAAACAUAAUAUGAACAUCAGUCUAAAAUCUCAAUUUCAUUCAAAAUAUUUAUAACUUGGAGCUCUGAAACAAACUAAUUAUUAUCCUGAGAUGGAUACUAAUUUUAGUUAAACACCAUUUAAUUUAUGAUAGCAUAUAUUUGCAUGACUGUUGCUCAAAACACUUUUUUAAAAAUCUCUUCUAUGCUUAAAUAGCGCAUCCAAAAUAAAAAUAACCUGUUUUAUAUAAUAACAAUGCAUAAUAUAUACAAUAUUGGUAAUAGUAAUUUUUAAGACCAGUACCUGAUUUUGGUGAUGUAUCAAAGUACUUGUACACUAAUUCAAAUUUAUACCAUGUUAUGCAUAACUUUACAUUGAAAUAUUAAAUAAUUUCACAUUUCAUGUUGGAUGCCUACAAAUGCCUAAACUUUGGUAUGUACAGUUGUGUAUAACUUUGCUGGAAUUAAGUUACAAGAGAUUAAGUUAACUAUAAUUAGUGUAUCUGUUUUUGUAUGAUCUUUCAUCAGACCUUUUUAUCUACACGUUUUCUGAAAAGAACAAAUCCAUAUGAGGGUAAAUACCACAAAAGGACUGAGGCAGCAUAAAAUUACCCAUGCUCUGAUUUUGUUUUCCAAACAUAUGCUAUCAGUACCUCAAUACAGAGUCCUAGUUCAUGGCAGUCUUAUGGUAAGAGCUUUGAGCAAGUUUGAAAAGGUAAAGAAGUGAUACUGUAAAUUUGUAAAAUUAACUAUUAAUUAUAAAUUGUCGUUAAUUAUAAACUGUCCUUCAUUU